AUGGGUUACACUGACUUGGACCGAAAGGCCAUUAACACCAUCCGCAUCCUCGCCAUCGAUGCUACCUCCAAGGCCAACUCGGGUCACCCCGGUGCCCCUAUGGGCAUGGCCCCUGUGGCUCACGUCCUGUUCAAUCACAUGAACUUUAACCCUAAGAACCCCGACUGGGUCAACCGUGAUCGCUUCGUUCUCUCCAACGGCCACGGUUGCAUGCUUCAAUACGCUUUGCUGCACUUGUUCGGCUACGAUCUGUCUUUGGAUGACCUGAAGGCCUUCCGUCAAAUUGGCAGUAAGACCCCCGGUCACCCCGAGGCCCACGAUACCCCCGGUAUUGAGGUUACCACCGGCCCUCUUGGUCAGGGUUUCUCCAACGCUGUUGGUCUGGCCAUUGCCCAGGCUCACUCCGGUGGUGUCUACAAUAAGCCCGGCUUCGAGCUUUUCAACAACUACACUUACACCUUCUUCGGUGAUGGUUGCGCUAUGGAGGGUAUUGCCUCCGAGGCUGCCUCCAUGGCCGGUCACUUGAAGCUCGGCAACUUGAUUGCCAUCUACGACGACAACCACAUCUCCAUUGACGGUGACACCAAGUGCGCCUUCACUGAGGAUGUCUUGCAGCGAUUUGAGGCUUAUGGCUGGCACACCGUCUGGGUUAAGGACGGUGACAACGACCUUGAGGCCAUUUCCGCUGCGAUCCUGGAGUGCCAGAAGGUCACCGACAAGCCUUCCGUCAUUAAGCUGACCACCACCAUUGGUUUCGGCUCCAAGCUGCAGGGCACCCACGGUGUCCACGGCAACCCCCUCAAGGCCGAUGACGCUGCCCACGUCAAGUCCCUCUUCGGCUUCGACCCCGCCAAGACCUUCGAUGUCCCCCAGGAGGUCUACGACCUUUACAGCAAGCACGCCGCCCAGGGUGCUGCCAAGGAGCAGGAGUGGAACCAGCUCUUCCAGAACUACCAGGCCAAGUACCCCACCGAGGGUGCCGACCUUGCCCGUCGUCUCGCCGGCAAGCUUCCUGAGGGCUGGGAGAAGGCUCUCCCCGUCUACAAGUCCACCGACCCCGCCAUCGCUUCCCGUAAGCUGUCCGAGACCGUUCUCGAGAAGAUCAACAAGGUCGUCCCCGAGUUGCUGUCCGGUUCCGCCGAUCUGACUGGCUCCAACAACACUCGCUGGAGCGACGCCGUCGACUUCCAGCCCCCAGUCCUCGGAAUUGGUGAGUGGUCUGGCCGCUACCUCCGCUACGGUGUCCGUGAGCACGCCAUGGGUGCUGUCAUGAACGGUCUGGCUGCCUACGGUACCGUCAUCCCCGCCGGUGGUACUUUCCUCAACUUCGUCUCAUACGCUGCCGGUGCCGUCCGUCUAUCUGCUCUGUCCCGCGUCCGUGUUAUCCACGUCGCUACCCACGACUCCAUCGGUCUGGGUGAGGACGGUCCUACCCACCAGCCUAUCGAGACUCUGGCUCACUUCCGCGCUCUGCCCAACUGCAUGGUCUGGCGCCCUGCUGACGGUAACGAGACCAGUGCCGCCUACUACGUGGCCCUGACCAGCCGCGAGACCCCCUCCAUCUUCGCCCUGACCCGCCAGAACCUGCCCCAGCUCGAGAACUCCUCCAUCGAGCGCGCCAGCAAGGGUGGUUACGUCGCCGUCGAGGCCGCUAACGCCGCCGUGACCCUCGUCGCCACUGGUUCCGAGGUUGGCCUCUGCGUUGACGCCGCCAAGUACCUCGAGAGCCAAGGUGUCGCUGCCCGCGUCGUCUCCAUUCCCUGCUGGGAGGUCUUUGACGCCCAGUCCAAGGAGUACCGUCUCUCCGUCAUCCCCGACGGCAUCCCCUCCCUCUCCGUUGAGGUCUGCACCACCUUGGGUUGGGAGCGCUACUCUCACGAGCAGUUCGGUCUCAACCGCUUUGGUGCCUCCGGUCCCUACAAGGAGGUCUACGCCAAGUUCGAGUUCACCCCCGAGGGCAUCAGCAAGCGUGCUCUUGCUACCAUUAACUUCUGGAAGGGCAUCCCUGUCCGCUCACCCAUCAACCGUGCUUUUGAGCAGAUCCAGUAG